UAUCUAUGGUCGUCCAAACAGGAAACCGCCUUUCAGGCCUUAAAAGAAAAGCUCACCACGGCCCCCGUCUUGCCUACCCUAAUUUUUCACAAGAGUUUUUGCUUUUCACGGACGCUUCGGGAAUCGCUCUUGGCGCAAUUCUUUCACAGAGAGAUUUGCAAGAAAGAAAAAGAGAAUAUACCUUCACCGUCAUUCACUGUGCUAGAAAAUCUCAUUCUAACGCUGACAGUUUAUCCCGUAUUGCUGAAUCUUCUACUACAACACCUGCCGAUUUUUGA